AUGGCCUCGAUAAACGGUGGCCCCAUGCCAUUGGACCUCACGAAUGCAAAUCGUCAGACACUUCCGCCAGAUGGCUCACAGAGCCAACCCGGAUCUCGACCUUCUACCAUAGGCGCCGAUUUCCUCAAAUUCUUUGGUGGUACGCAGAAGAAAGUCACGCGAGAUGGGCAACCGGCAAAACGACGAGGUCCGAAGCCGGAUAGCAAACCGGCCAUGACCCGACGACAGGAACUGAAUCGCCAGGCCCAGAGAACCCAUCGGGAACGUAAGGAACAGUAUAUCCGAUCGCUGGAGACGGAAGUGUCCCGGUUGCGAGAGGCCUACACGCAGGAGAUCUCGGCUGCCAAUUUAACGGUCGUGCAACAUCGAGACAUGGUGCAAACGCUCUCCGACGAGAAUAAUAUUCUUAAAGAGAUUCUUGUGGCCCAUGGUAUCAACUUCGAGCCGGAACUCGAACGUCGCAAGGCGGAACGCGGGAGCAUGGGCUAUCAUUCGAGUCCUUUUGCCAGUAGCAGUGUCGCCUCGCAGCCGAGCAACGUCGCCCCUAACGGAGGUCCCGUCUACACCACGCCGCCCACGACGGUCUCUGCCAGCCUGAGUCCGAGUACGCAUGGCGUUGAGCAGAUCGAUGUGUCGCCCACUCAGGAGCUGGCGCCGCCUCAAUCAGCCUAUCAGGCUGCUCCCUGUGACGCCUUGGCCACUCUCGAUCAGAUCGCUCCCGCCAGCCGCGCCCCGAUCCAGCUACCCGGCAUCUUCGAGGCGGAUCCUCAGCUCCAAAUCGAUUUCAUCUUGACACUGGAAUCGCCCUGUCGAGAACACACCGACUACCUCUGCCGCCGAUCGAUCACCGAGGCGGACGAUGAAGACAUGCCGUUCUCAGGGCAUGCGCUGAUGGCCACCUGUCCACCCCCCAGCUACAUCGCCACGACGACGAACGAGCAAACCUACCCACACAAGACGUACGACCUGCCGCACGUCAAUUUGACCACGCUCCUCAAUCUCAGCCGACAAUUGGUGACGGAGGGGCAGAUCACGCCGAUCAUGGCGCUGCAAUGCCUCAAAAAUCACCAACUCUAUGGUCGGCUGACUCGGGAAGAUGUCAAAAUCAUCGUCGAAACCCUCAAUACCAAGGUCCGCUGCUAUGGUUUUGGGGCCGUUGUGGAAGACUUUGAGCUUAUGGAUUGCCUUACCAGUGUGCUGGAUACGAAAGCCGAGCAGCAUGUUUGCAAUCCGGGCGAUGAUCUAUCCUAG